UAAUAAUCUAUCUAUUAAUCUAUAUAAUAAGCUACUUUUUGUGUAUCUCUUUUAGUUUCGGAGAUAGCCUAUGGGGACAACGAAUUUGGGACAUACUGUACAUUAAGCUUAAUAUGUAUAUUAAGCACUAGAACUAACACUACACUUAGAACUAGAAAUAUUCGCGUUCUAACAACUGACUAAGCGCGACACGUGAUGUAACAUAUUGGUCUAAUACUGACGUCAUUUUCUGGAUUACAAAAGAACAAAGGAUAUAGCAGUCCUUUUAAAUUCUACCUUUCUUGGAAAUAACUCAAGCGAAGUCAAUACUUGCUUAUAAGUUAGGCAACCAAUGUUACAUUUUUCUGUUGGUUUAUAGGUUAUCUGUCAAUUUAAAAAUUUAGUUUUAAAUAUUUGAUUAUAUUUUUACAUUUCCAUCAAAACAAACUAUCAACAAUCAACAAUAUAAACCAAAUUCACAAAUAAAAGAUAUUUUUUAUUAAAAUUCACUAAAAAAUCAAUCUUUUAUGACCUACAUAUAACCAAAACAUAACCUCAAAAUUGUGCACAAAUCCAAAUUUGGCACAGUGCCAUGCAACUCAAAUCAUUAAAAACACCUUUUAAAAAUGUCUAAGAAGUACCGAUAUUUUCUCUACGGCGUAAUAAUUCUAACAAUAGUAGUAAUAGUGUAUUUUUUAAGUAUAAGUAAUAAACAAGAAUCCUUUGUAACUCAGCCUUACGAUGUAGAGCUAAAUGAUUAUAAUCGACGCGAUAACAAAAUGUUUGAUUUGAACUUUUCGUAUACUAUAAACACACGAGGUUGUCAAGAUAACGAUGAUUACUUAGGAGUUAUCAUAGUAACUUCAUAUUUUGGUAACGUUGAAGUGAGAAGUGCGAUGAGACGAGCUUUUAGCGGAGAGGAAUUGAAAGAGUUAGGAUUAAGAAGGGUAUUUUUACUUGGUGAAACGAAAAGUGAUAAGUUUUUAACACAAGAGGCCUUAGAAAAUGAAGCGGAAAGAUUUGGAGAUAUUGUUCAAGGGAAUUUUCACGAAGCUUAUAGGAAUUUAACUUACAAACAUAUUAUGGGAUUAAAAUGGGCUUCAACCUUUUGUAGAAAUGUUAAAUUUGUUAUUAAAAUGGAUGAUGAUAUUGUUAUUGAUGUUAAAAAAGUUUUAAAAUUACUUAAUAAUAGUAACAUUAUUGUUGAUAAUUUUUUAGCAGGGCAUGUCUUAAAAAACAUGCAGCCCAAACGUGACCCCGCAAAUAAAUGGUACGUUUCAUUUAAAGAAUAUCCAGACAAUUAUUACCCACCUUUCUUAUCCGGGUGGUUUUAUUUUACAACUCCAAAAGUUGCAGAAAAGUUAGUCCAAAUUUCCAAUCGAAAUCGCUACUUUUGGAUAGACGAUCUCUAUGUUACCGGCAUAUUAGCGCGAAAUUUAAACGUAUCUUUCAUCAAUUUAAACCAUUUAUUCGCCGUCCACACCGAACUUUUACAAUGUUGCUUAAGAGAUUUACCAAACAUAGAUUGCGACUUUAUUGUUGGCCCUAACGGCGGCGAUAAUAACAUGUUUUAUCAAUUUAAUAAAUUAUCCAUUGAGUGUCAAAUCAAAAAUUGUACUCAAAGAAUUACCCCGUUAGAUAAAACUUGCGUUUUAGAAAAACAUUUUAUUAAUACAUCUAAUGGAAGUGCUGUGAUUGAACCAUAUAAGUUAGUUGGGUAAAAGUGCUUUAUUUAUAAUAAAUAAAAUUCUUCAAAAGUCUAUUUAGGUAAUUAUGUUAAUAUUUAUAGAACUUUUAUAUUCAGAAUGUGUUUUAUUUAAAAUAAAUAAUAAUAACAAGAAAUAUAUGUUAUUCUAAACAUA